AUGCCACCACCUGAAAAGAAGAUGGUACAUCUUGAAGCUAUAAACGCUUUACCUUCUAAAUACCCUGAUUUUAGAACUGUUUUAUGGACUGGUGAAGAUAGUCAAGUUGUCGUUAUGACUGUUCCUGUUGGUGGUGAGAUAGGAGAGGAGGUUCAUCACGUUGAUCAACAUCUCAUUUUCACUUCUGGAACUUGCAAAGCUAUCGUCGCGGGUGAAGAAAAACAAGUUCAGGCUGGUGAUUUGGUCAUUGUUCCUCAAGGUACUAAACAUAAUUUCAUCAACACUGGCCCCACACCUCUUUGCCUUUUCACCAUUUACGCACCGGCAGAACAUGAUCCUAAAUCCGUACAUAAGACUAGAGAGAUCGGUGAUGAAGCGGAAGAAAAAGGACAAGAUGAACCUCCUUCUUGGGCCAAGAGGGAUUAA